UUGGUGAAGAUGAUUGAAGGACAUGUUGGCCUUCAAAAGAUUACGAAGGCCACUCCUUCUAAAGCUGCUUUGGUCAUCCGAAUCAACUUGGUUUUCCUUGCUUUCUUUUUUGUUGUCUAUGCUGCCAUUCUUCUCCAGCCGUCUUCCUCCAUCUAUUAUGAGAACGCAGCUUCUCUCAUUAGGUGCUCGUUGCGAGAGUGCCAUCACAAGGUAUUGGAGGAGACCAAAGUCAACAUACCAAGGCCUAAGGGAAAUAUGAGCAAGAUAGAGGUGCCAAGCUUUUUGAAUGGGGUUAUGGGGAAGGGGAUGAUGAAAAUUGGUAUGGUUAAUAUGGAAGAAGAUGAUGUGAGUCAGUGGAAUAGGCUAGGGCAGACCGUACCCAUCCUUUUCGACCAGGUCUCGGAGUUAUUCAAAUGGGAUGAUUUAUUUCCCGAGUGGAUCGACGAAGAGGAAGAGAGUGAUGUCCCAACUUGUCCGGAGAUACCAAUGCCCGAUUUUCGAAUCUACGAAAAGAUGGACAUGGUGGUGGCAAAAUUGCCAUGCAAGUAUCCGGAGGAAGGGUGGAGGAGGGAGGUGUUUAGGCUCCAAGUUCAUCUCAUAGCGGCAAAUCUGGCUGUGAAGAAAGGAAAGAGGGAUUGGAAUAGGAAGACAACUAAAGUGGUGCUAUGGAGCAAGUGUAGACCAAUGUUGGAAAUAUUUAGGUGCAAUGACUUGGUGAGACAGGAAGGGAAUUGGUGGUUGUUUGAGCCAGAUAUGGCUAGGUUGCAGCAAAAGAUGUCAUUGCCUAUUGGCUCUUGCAAUUUGGCUUUGCCUAUAUGGGGACAACAAGGAAUUGAUCAAGUUUAUGAUCUGACUAAAAUCCAAAGCACAACAAACAAACCCAAACGAGAAGCCUACGUCACAGUUCUCCACUCCUCCGCUUCCUACGUUUGCGGCGCCAUAACCCUGGCAAGGAGCCUCCUCCAAACCGGAACCAAACGCGACCUUAUUCUCCUCCUAGACGACUCUAUCCCCGUUUCCAAACGCGCCGCUCUCUCCGCUGCUGGCUGGAAGCUCCGGUUCAUCCAAAGGAUCCGAAACCCGAGAGCCGAAAACGGCACCUACAACGAAUACAACUACAGCAAGUUCCGCCUCUGGCAGCUCACUGAAUACAACAAAGUCAUCUUCAUCGACGCCGACAUCAUCGUCCUCCGCAACCUCGACCUCCUCUUCCACUUCCCCCAAAUGUCGGCCACCGGCAACGACGUGUACCUCUUCAACUCCGGCAUCAUGGUCAUCGAGCCAUCCAACUGCACGUUCAAUUUCCUCAUGGACCACCGCGAAGACAUCGUUUCGUACAACGGCGGCGACCAGGGCUACCUCAACGAGGUCUUUGUGUGGUGGCACCGGCUGCCGCGGAGGGUCAAUUUCCUGAAGAAUUUCUGGGCGAAUACGACAAACGAGGCCAGCGUGAAGAACGAGCUGUUCGGGGCGGACCCACCAAAGCUCUACGCCAUACAUUACUUGGGGUGGAAGCCGUGGCUCUGUUACAGGGAUUACGACUGUAACUGGGACGUGGCGGACCAGCGCGUCUACGCCAGUGACGUUGCGCACGAGCGGUGGUGGAGGGUGCACGACGCCAUGGACGGGAGGUUGCAGAGGUUUUGUGGGCUGACCAAGGUGAGGAGGACUUAUUUGGACUGGGAACGGAGAAAGGCGAGGAAAUUUGGGUUUCCUGAUGAGCACUGGAAGAUCAAUGUCACUGAUCCUAGACGGAAGCAUUUGGUGGCAUAGAAGAAUUUGUUUUUUUUUUCUUUGCCCAUAUUAAUUUUUUUUUUGUCCCUUUUUGUUUUUGUUUUUGUAGAAAUACAUAUCAUGUAUAUGCACAUUCUCAUAUGUAUUUGAGAUAACGUCUUUGUUUUUAA